AUGUAUUUCUUGCUCUCUCAGCUGUCCUUUUUGGAUAUCUGCUAUUUGUCAGUCAUUGUCCCAAAGAUUCUUGAGAAUCUAAUAGUGGGAACAAUAGGUAUUUCCAAGAAAGGAUGUGCAAUGCAAAUGUUUUUCUUCCUUUUCUUUGGAGUUGCAGAAUGUUUUCUGUUGGCUGCUAUGUCAUUUGACCGUUACAUGGCAAUACGCUACCCCUUGCAUUACGCUGUCAUUAUGAAGAGUAGAGUCUACAAAAGCCUGGUUGCUGGAACUUAUGUUUGUGGGACUGCUGUCGGCUUAGUGCAUACCAUUAUAACAUUCAGCUUACCAUUCUGUGGUCUUACCAUCAACCACUUCUGUGAGAUUCAACCCCUCUUGGAACUGCUUUGUGCUAACACUUCCCCAACUGAAAUUCAAGUCAUUGUGGUAGCUGUCCUUGCUGUUGUGGGUCCCUUCUUACUCAUCAUUUAUUCAUAUAUUCGCAUCAUUUUCACAAUUCUUGAGAAGUCAUCAGCUGAAAGCCAGCAGAAGGCAUUUUCCACUUCCUCCUCACACCUUUUAGUUGUAACUCUUUUCUAUGGUACAGCAAGCUCCAUGUAUUUGCAGCCAAAAUCCAGCUACUCUGCAUCUGUUGAUAAGUUGCUGUCACUUUCUUAUACUGUGGUGACUCCUUUAUUGAAUCCUAUUAUCUAUAGUUUGAGGAAUGAGGAGGUGAAAGGAGCCCUGAGAAAAAGAUGGAGGAAAAUUAUUUUUGCAUGA